AUCUCGAAGCGAGCGGUACGCAGGCGCGCAGUCGCACAUCCGUCAGAAACAAGAUACAACAAACAAUAUACAAGAUAAAAGACACAAUAUACAAGAUACAAGAACCUGGGUUCCGAUUCAGAUACAGUGCGACAAUCUAAACACGCGUUCGAACUGAAGAUCGCGCAGAACGAGACGACGGGUCGCAAGGAGUGAAACACAUAGACAGCGAAAUAAAUAAAGCGGAGGCAUAAAAAUUCCUCACAUCGUUCGGUGCGCAGCGACCACGAUCGAAUGCGGACAAAAAGCCUAAAAUAAAGCGAGGCGAAAUAAAAGCAAGUCGAGGUGCGAGACAAGAAAUUAAAUUGAUAAAGCCUAAAAAGCGGAGCCUAGGACUUUGUCUUUUUCCUGGGCCCAAACAUCGUUCGUCGAGCAAAAGCAAAACUUGUCGCGUUGUUUGCUCUUCGCGGGCAAUUAUCGGGGCGAAUCGGGAAUCUGGGAAUUCGAGUGCGAACCCACCAGAGUGCCAAAGUGUGUGUGUGUGCCAGUGUGUGCCAGUCUGUAUAUAUAUAUAUAUACAUAUAUAUAUAGCUGGUGUGGCAAAUAGCUCAAAGCCACGAAAUUGCUUUUAUCGGCGCACCGAAAUCGCCAAACUGCACAAAUCCAGAAAUUAAAAACAAAAAGAGAAACAGUUUAGCUGAAGGGCAGGCCGGCCAGCACAGCGAUCCCACAAAAUAUUAACCCGCCGGGCUUACAACGCCAGCAAACAAACAAACAAACGGCCAGAAAAAUGUAUAAUAAAAAAUUACAGCAAGUGAUCGUGCAGAAAAUAGAUCGAUAAACCCAAACCCCAAACCCCAAACCGAACUCAAACCCGAAAAAAAAGGAGGAAAAAAAAAAAGCGAAAAAAGCGUCGCGAUCCAGCGGAGAGUAUAAAAAUAAAUAAACGAGCGACGAUCAGCGAGCGAUCAAGGAGCUGCAGCAGGAGGAGCACGUUUCUGGGUUUUUGUUUCAAUUUCAAUUGUGGAAAUCGUAGAGGAAAAAUUCGAACCGGUCUCCGAGUCGCCAACGCCAGCGGAGGACGAAGCAAACAGCAACUGGCAACCAGCAACAACCGAGAACCAUCGAUAUUUAUUAAACAAAGACAGAAAUUAAUUUCACGAUUUUGUGAGGCUGCACUACCACUGCAACGCUGCAACACUGCACCACCCCCUGAAUCCCCGACUACCCCCAUCCCCGGCCCCCAUGCGCGGCUUGAACUUUGAGCCUGAGGUCUGGGCUUCAACAGGGAACUAGGGAUCGGGAUCUUCGGCUCGCCGGCAAAAUGUACGACAUCAAGCGCCUGGAAGCGGGACAACAGCAGAAACUACAGCAAGCACAGCAACAACUGGGCCUUGACCUGAGCGGCCAGCAGCAGAAUCAUCAGCAGCAACAGCACCAACAGCACCAGCAACUCACCUGCAGCGUGAUAGCAGCGCCCGAGAACCGGGCUAAUCCCAAUCCCAAUCCCAGCGAGGCCACCCACAUGACUCUGCUGACGCUGCGACGGCGCCGAUCGCUGCAGCGGCGCGCCUGCCUGCUCAGCAUCCUGGCCGCCUUCGUCUUUGGCAUGGCACUGGGCGUGGUCGUGCCCAUGUUCGGCCUGCCCCGCCAUCCGGACACCCCGCCAGAUCUGCCGGAGGAGAUCAUUGCCGUGGAGCCCGUACUGAGCUCGUACCGCGUGGAGUUCAUCAAGGAGGCGGACGCCGAGCUGAGUGCCGAGCAGGUCUUUCGCAAUGCCUUUCAUCUGGAGCAGGACAAGGAUGCCCCGGACUCGAUGGUGGUGAAGAAACUGGACACCAACGACGACAGCAUCAAGGAGUUCCAUGUGCAGCGCACGGCCAGUGGACGAUAUCGCAAGGGACCGGAGAGGAGGCUAUCUAAGGAGGUGCCCGAGAGGGUUCAGCCCGAGGAGAAACCUCGUUCCCCCUCGACCCCAUCCUCAAGUCCCUCCACCGAACCGCAGGCAGGCCUCAUCGAGGAGGACGUCUUCUGGGGACCCACUGUGGAGCAGGCUCUGCCCAAGGGAUUCGCCUCGAAGGACCAACUCACCUGGGAGCGCUUUGUGGGCGAGCAGGGACGAGUGGUCCGCUUGGAGCAGGGCUGCGGACGGAUGCAGAACCGCCUGGUGGUCUUUGCGGAUGGAACUCGGGCCUGUGCCCGCUACCGCCAGAACACGGAUCAGAUCCAGGGCGAGAUCUUCAGCUACUAUCUGGGUCAACUCUUGAACAUCACCAAUUUGGCCCCGAGUGCCGCCACAGUGGUGGACACCAGUACGCCCAAUUGGUCCGCUGCCCUGGGCGACAUCACGCAGGCGCAGUGGAAGGAGCGACGUCCGGUGGUGCUGACCCGCUGGCUCUCCGAUCUGGAGCCGGCCGGGAUACCGCAGCCCUUCCAGCCGCUGGAGCGGCACCUCAACAAGCACGACGUCUGGAACCUGACGCGGCACAUGCAGCCCGAAAGGCCGGCGCAGACACAGGGAUUACUCAAGCGGUUGGGGGCUGCCACUUCGCCGGGCUCCGCUCAUCAAUCAAGUGCGAUUGAGGAGACAGAGACUGGAACAGGAACAGGAACGGCAACGGCAACGGCCACUGCCAGCGGAGCGCUGGUGCAGCGACUAAUUGAAUUGGCACAAUGGUCCGAUUUAAUCGUCUUCGAUUACCUGAUCGCGAACCUCGAUCGGGUGGUUAAUAACCUGUACAACUUCCAAUGGAACGCCGACAUCAUGGCCGCGCCGGCUCACAAUCUGGCCCGCCAGUCCGCCUCGCAGCUGCUCGUCUUCCUGGACAACGAGAGUGGCCUGCUCCAUGGCUACCGGCUGCUGAAGAAGUACGAGGCAUACCACAGCCUCCUGCUGGACAACCUGUGCGUCUUCCGGCGGCCCACUAUCGAGGCACUGCGUCGAUUGCGGGCAGCGGGAGCAGGACGACGACUGCGUGACCUCUUCGAGCGGACCACCAGUGCCGGAGUGCGGGAUGUGCUGCCUUCACUGCCGGACAAGUCCGUGAAGAUCCUGGUGGAGCGCAUCGAUCGGGUGCUGGGACAGGUGCAGAAGUGCCAGGGCAGCUAAUGAAUCUGGAGCAGUAGCCAGUAGUUCCCAACACGACUGAUAAGCUGUAAAUACCGGAGCAGCAGUGGAUGCAUCUUCAUCUGGAUCGGGAUAGUGGUAGUCAAGGGGUCAGUGGCUUGGUCAGUGGCAAAUCUCAAAAGGGGGGUCUUAGAAAAAUGUUAAUAUCCUUUAAUUUUGAACCAUCAAAUUGUAAUCUAACCUAAUUAGAGUCUUUGCAAAAUAUAUUCUUAAGGAGAUCUAACUGACCACGCCACUGCCCCCAAAGGAGAUCCGAGUAUUAAGGGGUGAUCCACUGGAGUUGAACUAAAAUACCUAACUUGUAAAUGCCAGACUCUAUGCAUGAGUAUUAAGAUUACCUAUCCGUAAAUGUAUCUGUAUAAACUAAGCCUAGCUAGCGUUAACAAUGUGUGUGAUAUUUGUCUAAGGAACCAGCCUAAGUAGAUUUCAUUUUACCUUUUACAACCAAUAAACCACAAAUAUACCGAACGAAA